AUGGCCUCCCUUAUCGAUAACAAUAGCAAUGUGUGCACAAUGGAGGAGGAGAUUGAGGCAGAGGCUAGAGUCCUCAGGGAGAUUCAAACGAAGUUGUCUGAAACUAUGGACACUGGUAAAACUGCCCCGCCCACUGAGGAGGAGCAGAAAGCCAUUGACUCGAGGUCAGUGUUCGUGGGAAACGUGGACUAUGGAGCGACGCCAGAAGAGUUGGAACAACACUUCAAAGGAUGUGGGGAGAUCGUCCGGACUACGAUCCCAAAAGACAAGCUGACGAAGAAGCAGAAGAACCAUGCAUUCAUCGAAUUCGAAAGUGCUGCCAGCGUGGCAAACGCCAUGGUCAUGAAUGGUUCUACCUUCCGUGAGCGUCAAAUUGUAGUCACUUCGAAACGGACCAACAAGCCAGGAAUGGGAGCUACGAGAGGAAGAGGUGGAGGUUUCAGAGGAGGACGUGGGGGUCAACGUACCGUGGUAGUCAAGUACGUCUACGUUAAUGGAGCUCCACCAAGAGGACGUGGAGGAUUUCGUGGAGGACGAGGACGCUUCAACCCGUAUUGA